AUAAGCUCUUAACGUUACUCUUCACUUGGCUUGCAGAGACAAACCUACUAGAACAUUCCUCUAGUCUUCUUCUUCAAAUCUCUCUCUCUCUCUCUAGAUAUGGUGACGAACUCCACAAUCAAAUUUCUCUGUAGCUAUGGCGGCAAGAUACUACCUCGUUAUCCCGACGGCAAACUCCGUUACAACGGCGGCCACACCCGCGUCCUCGCCGUCCCCCGCUCCGUCUCAUUUUCUGAAUUAGCGUCGAAGAUGGCGGAGAUGUGCGGAUCCACCGUCACCAUCCGGUGCCAGCUUCCUACGGAAGACUUGGACGCGCCCGUUUCGGUUACUUCCGACGAGGAUCUGGCGAAUCUGAUCGAAGAGUACGAUCUCGUCUCCUCGUCGUCGCCGAUGAAGAUCAGAGUCUUCUUAAAUCCACCGAAAUCGACGAUUGCGCCUCCGCCGUUAGCGUUACCGUCGCCAAAUACGUCAUCAUCUUCAUCGAGUCCUAGAUCUCCGUCGAUGUCGAAACCGCCGCUACCUCUGUCUCCGCCGAGGUUAACGACGGUGAAGAAUCAGUGUUACGGUUGUUACUUUCACCGAAAUUCGAGGAAUGUCUACCUCGUUCACAACGGGAAUCACUGGCAAUAACCAUACGCCUCCGAUCAGAUUCACAAAAAAUGGAAGAAUCGAAUUUAUACAUAAGAGAAAAAAAAGUUUUCGUUUAGAAAAAUG